UGUUCUUAACUGACUUGCCUAGUUAAAUAUAGGUAAAAAAAUGUUUUGUUAAAUACCUCCACUAUCGACAGCGACUUCCAAUACGUUAACAUUUCAGUCAUUUAGCAGACGCUUUUAUCCAGAGCCACGUACAAUAGUGAGACACAACAGCUUUUUGUAUUCUGACGCAUAUGGUUAAAACGCAUGGACAUGAUUUCAAGCUAUUAUGUAUAUCUGGGAAACAUAAAGCGCAUGAACAAUUUGCUGGCACCGGCUGACAAGGCAUCUACUAUCGGUUGGACAUCUGAAGGCUGAAGACUCCCCAUUUCUCAAUUUCUUAGUCCUGAAGUAUACUACACCAUUUUCCUCUUCUGUGAGCGGACAAGCGCAAAUGUAUCGAAAUAUAAUUGGGUUGGUCGUCAUGUCAUUUCCACUGAUUCUGAGACCUCAAGUUUUGGGGCUCGCGACAGACGGUUUGAGCAAUCUACAAAAUAUUGCAGGGAAGCUCAGCUUCAUUCAGAGGGAAGGAAAUGUGACUUAUCUGCGGGACAAGGAGCUGGCAACGGAAGUUCCAACCGAGACAAAGUUCGAACUGUUCGACCCAAGGAACACUUUACGCACCGCCAGAUUCACCUAUACCUGGGACUUCGGCAACGGAGAGGUGCUGAAGGGAUCAGAGCCGUCUGUGCACUAUAACUACUCAUCCUCUGGAAACUACACUCUGCGGCUGAGAGUUGGGGCCCAAGUGAACAAAACAUCUACUCCACUAACUGGGGUAUACACCAUAGACGUUACAGUUUUGGACGCCAUCAGAAAUAUUGAGUUGAGCCCUUUGAGUUUCCAGGUUUCCAGAAACAACAGUCUGGUUGUUCAUGUGGAUGGAAGUCCUCCCAUGUGGGUCUGUUGGAGGUUCCUACAGAACUGUGUAUCAGCAACCCCUACAGGCUGUCACCUGACCAUGCUGUAUGAGAACACCAUGAUACUGAACCACACCUUCACAGCUUUAGGAGUCCACUGUCUGGACAUCAGCGCCCGCAACGACAUCAGCAAACUGCAGACCUCCUACAACAUCUUUGUGAGGAGAGAUCCCUCCAUUAACCUGCUCUUCACCCUGACAUGUACUGGGAUUAUCUUGGCAAUACUCGCCUUCAUCACUGUUAUAGCCUGUCGCACUAAGAAUGGACACAACAACAAACCACAGAUGUCUAAGUCAAGUAACGCCACUUACUCCAGCAUGAACAUGGAACUGCAGCCACAACAGGACAUCCCUGAUAUCAGUAGUGAUAUCUAUGUGUCCAGUUCAAAGAAAGAAGAGGUCCAACCCCUUCUACAGCACGGGACCAGAUCUGUCGCCAACUCCUACCGCAGCUAGUCUUCAUUUACACACAUUGAUUUGAGCUUUGUGUUGGACUGAUUCAAGUCAAAUGUUAAUAGUUUGCUAAAAAUGUAUAGUUUGAGAUUAAUAUAUGUCACCAGUAACAUUGAACUACAAAUUGUCAGUGAUGUAAUACCGGUGUAGAUUACAUUCCUCUGUCUGUGUGGAUUUUAUACUUACACUAUUUUGCCUUUGAUGAUCUCAUCCUCAGACCCAGCCAAAAGCCUGACCUCGAAAACGAAAUAUCCAUCCAAGGGGUUUUAGAGGAUUGGAUCCCACUAUGAUAAUAGAUGAGAGCUGCCAGUAACCCUGUAGGGAACUGUCCUAAUGGGUAUUAUUACCCAGUGAUUUAUUUAUACGCUAGAUGAUUGAUCUGUGGGGCAGUGUUGAAUCCACCGUGCCUCCAUUUUGACACCCCCCCACCACUCUAUAAACAUUUUGGGAAGCUAUAGAAAUGCAUUUCUUCAUGUUUACAUUCAUUUUUGCCACAUUUGUUCUAUUACAGACACCUUAUCGCAUACCUUUAAAUUAUAUUUCAUUACUAAUGUUACUGUCCCCACUAAAACAAAAAAUACUUAAAUACAUGU